AUGGGGGGAAUUUCCCGGAGAAAUGAGAUGCCUCUGCAAAACAUCAUGGAAGUGGAAGUUUUUGAUUGUUGGGGUAUUGAUUUCAUGGGUCCAUUCCCUUCAUCCGCAGGGAAUGAAUAUAUUCUGGUGGCUGUUGAUUAUGUGUCUAAAUGGGUGGAAGCUACGGCCACUUCAAGGAAUGAUGCGAAGACAGUGGUGAAAUUUAUCAAGAAGAACAUUUUUUCUCGAUUUGGGGUACCUCGAAUAUUGAUCAGUGAUGGUGGUUCACACUUCUGUAAUACUCAGCUUCAAAAGAUGGCAUCAAGAAAGAGAGUGAGAACUGAGGACAUCCCUUCAUCAUCUAACCCAUCUGCUUUGACAGAUGCCAUGGAACCAGAUGCCCAACAAGCACAUUCUUUAAUUCCUAUGUUGCAAAGCUUAUUCAGGGGCCAGUUGAUGAUCGUAUACAACUAG